AUGGAAAAUGCAAGAAGUGAUGGAACAACUGAAUCCUCUGAGGCUCGAAUGAGUCGCAUGGAACAAAUGCUUGCAGCUUUAACAAAGGCAAUGGCUCAACAACAGCAGAGGCAACAACCUUUGGCCCCUCCACCUCCGUCGGUGCAAGUUGAACUAGAUAACAACGAUAUAAUCAUCUUAACCCAAAAGUUUAUGAAGGUGAAACUGCCAACUUUCUUGGGUGGUAUUGAACCCUUAAAGGCAAAAACAUGGUUGCUUGAAAUAGAAAAGCUAUUUGAAGUGUUCCCUUGCUCUGCGACUCAAAAAGUACUCUUGCCCACCUACAUCCUAGAGGAUGAAGCCCGGAGAUGGUGGUUGUUAGUUCGAAAUAAUAAUGGGGACAUGACAUGGACUCAGUUCAAUAAGAUAUUUUACAACAAGUACUUUUCCCAAUGUUUCAGGGAUCGAAAAGUGUCAAAGUUUCAAGAACUUAAGCAGGGUAGGAUGUUCGUGGCUGAAUAUGAAUCCAAAUUCACCAAACUAGCUUAG